CCAUGACGUCAUUUCAACAUGGCGGCCAAUUCUGACUUGGUUUAAUUGGCAGAAAUUCAACUGCGUCUUCCAUCAGAUAAAUUCGUCUGCUCUACUUGGGAGGUGGUGUUGAUGAGUUGAAAGCGUACCACUAUGACAGAGCUAAAGGGAUCUGCAGGACCCCCGACAUUGUCUGCUCCUUCCCCUGAGUUUCUGCUCGUAGAUGAGGAGUCAUCGUCCACGUACCCUCUCCUCACUCCCUCCCCACCAGCUGAAUUUGACCAUCCUCUCACAUUGGAUACGCCACCAGUGUUGGCUUACGAGAGACAGCUGUCGCCCUCCAGCAUAGACACUGACCUGAGCUCCAUUCCUACUCUCAGCAGUGUCGCACCUAACACAGACUACUCAGCUCUCCCCCCUCCCUCUCAGCCACCAACUGAUCAAGGUAAGCUGCCAGAAGCUCACAGUGGGAUGGGUUCAUCAUCUUCCAGCAGCUCAGUUCUGCAAGACACAACGGCCUCGGCGUCUGCUCAGUUACUCAACCCUCACCACUACCUGGGUCUGGUGUCCGACGUCAACUGUCAGGAAAAUGGAGGUAUUAAACCUGGACUUUGUGGAAUCACCUUGGGAACAAGAAAAAAUCCUCAAGACUUCUGCUUCCUGUCUUGGAACUGGCCUUUGAUACGCAAGUGUUGCUUCUGGGGGCUUAUGUCACUGACAGUUGCCUGCGUUUGUGUGAUUAUUGGAUACAUUACCACACUCCCCACCAGGUGUGACCCUCCUAGGGCUUGGUACCAAGGUUCUCUAAUCUAUGAGAUCUUCCCUGGCUCCUUCCAUGACAGUGACGACGAUGGAGUAGGCGACUUGCGAGGCAUCAGCUCAAAAGUCCACUACAUAGAGUCAAUGGGAGUGAGAGGCAUCCGCCUGAACUCGAUAUUUCCCUCAAACCACUACCCAGAACACUAUUACGACGUUGAAAACCUCACCCAAAUAGAACCGACUUUAGGCAGUUUCACAGAUUUUGGACUGUUGGUGAAAACAUUUCACAAAAUGAACAUAUCAAUCAUCCUAGACCUUCCUUUAGGAUCGUUUUUCAAACAUCUAGAAGAAAAUGCCAAAUACAGUUCUGGCCCUCCACACCACAUGAUCAUUAACAAUCACAUCCUCAACAGUUCAAAUAAAACUGCUUACUCCAUCCCAGACUCUCACGGAGUCGUGUCUGAGAUCCUCAAGUUCUGGUUAAAUCUCGAUGUAGACGGCUUCUACUUGAAGGACUUGGAAAAUUUUGUUCACGAUGACAAAUUUCAGUCUCACGUUCAAGAGUGGAAAGCGGUUUUGAAAAGGCACAAUGGAGGAAAUGGUUUGCCAGCAUCAAAUGACAAGAUUUUGAUUUGUUCUGAGAAAGUGGUUAAGACGUUGGAGAACAGCCAGAUUCUGAGCUCAAAGUUAACGACAGUGUUGACUCACUUUGACCUUGUCGACCAUCACAUCAACAUGAGAUCUGACCUGAAGCAGCAGAUUGACACAGUACAAGGAGGAGUGAUGUUCAGUCGUCCUGGGUAUCCGUGGCCUCUGUGGAGCCUGGGCGGCGUAGACUCCCCCAGACUGGCAUCUCGACUACAGAUAGCCAACGCGUCUCUAGCCGCCGUGCUGGUGGGGAUGCUGCUGCCAGGCACACCCUCCAUCUUCUACGGUGAUGAGAUCGGCCUCACCAACUCAAAAUCCGACAGUGAUUAUGAAGACGUGAGCCAUGUUCAGCAGCUGGUCAUGAUGAGAUGGCAGAUGCAUCAACACCUGCGUACGCUGCACUGGCUACCUGCUGGAGAUGCACAUCUACCGCUCGACUCUGCACGAUGGGUCUCGGAGACAGCUGUCCUACGAGACUUGUCUCCCGCCAUCUACAUGCAUGCAAUCUGGAGGGAAGGGAGUCUAGUGCCCAACUGUGCUAUUAAGUAUGUUGACAAGACAUUGAUUGUCUUAGAGCGAUUGUAUCCUCGACGCAACUCCUAUGUCAUUGUAGCAAACCUCGGACGAGAGACUGAAACACGAGAUCUGUCCAAGCUCUUCUACGGCGGCCAUGUUGUACUCUCAACUGGAGAACAUACUGGCAAAUAUCUCACUUUCCACAAGUUGGCUUUGUACCCCGGCGAAGCUAUUGUUGUCAAACUUGACAAAUAACUUGACGGGGCUGAGUUUAUGUAUUAGAAAACCAAUUUUAUUCAACAAAUAAUGGUUAUUAUUAAGAAAAAAUUUUUUAAGUUUUUGUUUCUAAUUAUGUAAACGAUGGAUUAGUUUGUCUACCUAGGUACUUUUACAGUUUUUUUUCAUAUUUUAUGAAAUAAGUGUCAUAUUAUCUUUAACUCUAUUCACAAAAUUUAGGCGGUUUUAGGGGAAGAAAUCUAUCCCCUCCUCGUCUUUAUCCUACCAUUAAAACAUAACUCAAUAGCUGAGAUUUGUCAGUUAAUGUCUGCUGCAGCAUACAUUAACCCUUUGAGUGCCAACGUCCGGGGAACCGGACGUUUUUAAAACGAGCCAAAAGUGCCGACGUCCGGCCGACCGGACGUUUUUAGAACGAGCCAAAAGUGCCAACGUCCGGCUGACCGGACGUUUCGUAAUGAUCGAACAGUUGUCAUAACAACCGAAUGGAUACUGGGAUUCUUUUAACCCAUAUAUUAACAUUGAGUCGAAAGUUACUAGAUGCGAUACAAAGAUUUUCGUUGGUCGAAAUAUCGAAAAUUCGAUUUUUACAAAAUUUUAACCUAAAAAUCGCCAGAUCCCGCUCGGCAUUUUUAGCGCGACCUUCGGGAAAAAUCAUCGGCAUUUUUUGAGCGUUACUUUUAUUUCUCGCCUGGCACUCUAAGGGUUAAGCAGAAAAAAUUUGUGGGGAGCUUCCCCUCAAACUGCCUAAAUUUUGUGAACGGACUACAGUUAUAAACUUAUUACCUCCUCUAUGUUGAAGCAGAUGUCAAAUAAGGGUUUCCAUCUAUUUUUUAUCAUUUAAGAUCGAAGUUGUAAGUGAAGAUGUUGUUGAGUUACUCAUGAUAAUUGGACGUUGGAGUUAAAAGGGUUAAAUUUAAAUCAUAAAAAUACUUUCUAGCACAGCACUCAGCACAAAAGACACAAUGUUUGUUUAGAGUAACAAAAAAAUAGUUUUAACGUUUGUUACUUUAAGUUUCCAAUUUUUGUUGUAAACUAGUUUAUUUCACAAAACAGUAUUUUUCUUAGGAAUCAAGAAGUUACAAAUGUUUCACCUGAUAAGACUGAGAGAUUUAAAGGCAAGUUUGAAAAUUAAAACUAGUCUUAAAAGCCAAAAAAUAUUUUUGCAGGUAAUUUAAUUUAGUGUACUUAUAAUUUACUUAUAUUGUUGAUAUAGGAAUAUUUUGUUUCUUAGGAAAUGUUGUUAACAAGUUUUAAUAAAUCACAUGAUAAUACUC